CUUCGAACACAAGUUCUAACGUUCAUUUGAGAAAACCACAUAGGAAGCAGCUACCAUGAAAUUCUUGAUCGUUCUCGUAGCAAGCGUAGCUGCGGUUGCGGCUGCCCCCAGUGGAAUCCUUGACUUGCACGGACUUGGGUGGACUGGAACGGUUGUCAGUGGUGCAAGCAUUGCCGGACCACACGUGGGCGCAGCUACUGUAGCUGGGCCUGUAGCCGGUGGUUCGGUAGUCUCUGGGGCAGUUUCAGGACCGACUGUGGUGAAAGGAGCUGUUGCUGGACCAUCAGCUGUUAUUGGCUCCGUUGCUGGGCCAACAGUCAUUUCGGAGCCAUCCCUUGGACUAUCUGUCGUUGAUGGAGGAUGGGUAGACCACGGAGCUUGGGGUCACGGAGGAUGGGGUCAUGGAGCCCUCGUUGCAGGACCUCUUGCAGGUGCUGCUGCUGUUGUAGGACCUGAUUCGGGUUCCGUUCUCGUUGCUGGACCCGGGGGCGAGUCCAUUUCAACCCAUGGGUCUGGUCAUGGAGCGAUUCUCGCAGGUCCACAUCACGGACUCCAUGGGCUAUGGUAGACCCGGUUUUCAUCGAGAUUGAAAAAAGGAAACAACGUUCUUAUACUCGACACAGAAAUUGAAAAGUUUUAUAAACAUCAGAUCAUAACUUCACCUUGUGUAUUUUUUUUGCCAUAGAAAAAUGAAUAAAAUGAAAUGAAUUAACGGCGAA